AUGGCCGGCAUUCCUCGCCUCAAUGUCGACGAGACGCUUGGAGCUGCCUUUAUUGGCUUUGCCUUCUCUUGCGCCGCGAUGGGGGUCUGUACGAACCAGGCUGUGACCUACUUUACGCGAUUUCCCGAAGACAAACCCCGGUAUAAGCUUCUGGUCGUUGCUGUUUGGAUCCUCUGCGCAGUUGACCAAUCCUUCAUCGGACAUGCUGUGUAUUUUUACACCAUAACGAACUACGCCAAUCCGGUCGUACUGCUUGAACGGGUUGCGUGGACCCUCAUCUUACAACUUACACUUGGGGCAGUCAUUGGUACACUGGUUCGAAUAACAUUUGCUGUGCGGGUCUGGCGUUUCAGCCAAAGAAACAACUUUGUCACCGCCUUAAUUUUACUACUUACCGUGGCAGAAUUGGCACUGGCAAUCGUUUUUACUGUGAAAUGCUUCCAAAAUCCCUUCUUGAAUGUUCUUCCCCGGCUCAAGCUGAUGGCCUCGCUUGCACUUGGAGUGGGAGCCCUCACGGAUGUAGUGAUUGCCGUGGCUCUAUGCUAUUUCCUCAGACAAUACCGGACUGGAUCGAAACGGGCCGAUAACCUUGUUACCAUCCUCACCGUAUAUGCUAUCAAUACCGGUGCAUUCACAGCAGGCUUUGGCAUCAUCACGUUGGUAUUUUACGAUUUGCGUCCUGAUAAUAUGCAGUUCCUCGCCUUCUUUUUCGUCUUGUCGAAACUUUAUGCGAUCUCGUUCUACUGCACUCUCAACACGCGUCGCAGCAUUCGUGGCAAGGGGACCGAUGGCUCUGCUGCACGCUCGGGGGCAACACGUGUGACGAUAUCGAUUCCUGGUCGUUCCGCAGGAAAUGGGAAUCCUCGCACGACAAAAGGCACAACAGGAACCGUCGUCUAUGGGUAUCCGACCUCGGCGAUGGGGACAAGCUCUGAUGCACCUGCCAGUGCUUUUGGGAGGGCAGGUGGACGCAGAUCGCCAGGCCCAGCGUUGGAGGUCGGUGUCAACCAGGAAGUUUCUACUGUCUCGGACCUGGAUGAAACGGGCCUUGAUGUGAAAGCUCACGACGACUAUGAAUACGGCUACCCGGACUCAAGUAAGCGGUACUCACAGUCGCAAUCUAGUCAGCACAAUCGGGACGACAAGGACGAACUUGAGCUUGCUCACAGAAACGUUGCGUCUAGCGUGGCUGGCAGUGCCACGUUUGCAUUACCAUACGCAUACUCGCCGCCAACGUCUCCUGCUUACGCACACUCUCUCGAAAGUGGAAGUGGAUAUGGAUGGGGAAGUGCUGGCGAACGAGGGAGGAAAGGUGUUUACGCGUAUGGGCAUGGUCGCAAGGAACGCAACGCGGAGGCACAAUAA